AUGCCUACGGCUUCGCCGGCGGUGGGGUGGCUGCAGGCGGCGGCGCAGGACGCCGCCAACUCCUCCUCCUCCUCCUCCUCGCGCUCCGGCUCCGCCGCCUUCCCCGACCAGGUCCUCGUGUCCAGGGCCGCGGGCCGGGUUGUGUCUCUGUCCACUUGCACAAAGGUCGGUGCCAUCAGCUUCGUGGUCGGGGUUGCAGUGGGCUUCACGCUGAAGAGAAGGCUGCGCAGGUGGGCUGCCAGGCUGCUCAAGAGGAUCAAGGACGACGACUAGCUUGUGCAAUGUCUCUUAAUUUGGUUCACAAGCUUAGAUUAAC